UUCAUAUUUUGUUUAAAAAUGUUUAAAAAAACAUUUCUUAUUAUAGGUAUCCAGGAAGAUCGAGAUUUUUUACUUCUCCAAAGAGAAAAAGGCCGAAAAGGCUAUAUGAUGGGCGUUGAUACUAAAUUGGUUAAAGCUGAAAAGCGAAAGGCUGAUCGAUUAAAAUCAUUAAAUGAAGCAUCUAAACGUUCAAAAAUAGAAGCAGAAAAAUUAGAAAGAGGAGUAAAGCUAAUUGAAGAAUAUAACAGCAUUUUAACUAAAGAUGAAGAACAAAAACAGUACCUACUACAAAUUGUAAAAAAUUAUAAAAUUAAGUAUCCUGACGGUAACAAAUCGACACUACAAUAA